CAGGAGAGCAGAUGAACUGGGAUGCUUGGACAACUACUAAUGGACUGGACUUGUUCCACUGUUUGAGACAGUUCCUCCGUGAGUGUGUGUCAGAGCAUCAUCCCCUGUACAAUUCCUUUGCUCAGUUCCUGUCGGCAGCCUUUUCAGUUGUGGAUCAGGAAGACCUGCAGAGGCUUAAAGAGGCAUAUGCCUUCUGUGGCAUUCAGCCUGCCAACCCAACAAAGGCACACAUUCGUGAGCACUCAUUUCACUGGCAGAGACACUGGAGAGAAGUUUGGCUUAGGAUACGUUGAGCCUGGUUGCCGCCCAGUUCCUCUAGACUGGGAUAAGCACAGGAGCAAGACAGACUUAACACCUGCCCUGAAUCCCCCUCCUCAAAGCAGCCCACCCGCUGCCCAGGCUGAGCUUCCUCAGUCAUCUUCCAGCUCACCAGCCAAGCUGUUUCAGUUUGCUGCAUGCCCUCCUGCUGUUAAACCAGAUGUGACUCCAAGUUCAACUCCUGAGCCUCAGACAGAGCCUGAAACCAGAAGUCCGCUCUCUCUCCCCUUGCUUUCCUCACCAUCUGGUGCUCGCACUGGACCUGUGAAGACAGGUGGGAGGGUGUUUGUGUUGGACCACAAGCGCUGGCCAACCCCUAUGAAAAAGGCUAUUGACGACCUGCUUAAUAAACACCGUGGCCAGAAGGACAUGCUCAAGCUUGUAGACCAGGACUAUGCUGGUCUAGUUCACAACUCCUGUAAAGACCCAAACAGCAUGCUCCACCCAACAACCAAACUACAUAUUGCACAGUAUUUAAAGCACCUCAGCAAACUGUUAAACACCAGCUCCUCUUUAAACACCAGCCCGGAAAAACUGCAAGAGAGGCAGGAACUCUGGCACUCUCUGACCAAGGGGAGUACGACUACCAGUGUGCCAGUUGUUACCAUGCCUCCUGCAGUUGUUAAUCCACCACCAGCAGUGCAGACCCUGGCCACACCUCUAACUCAAGACUCUAUUAAGAAAAUAGUUAAAAACGAUGUUUAGUGUGUAUAUACUGUAUAU